ACUUAGUUAGUUAGUUGAAUUCAGUAAAUUGAUACGGUUUACUAACAAAAGCAGCUAGUUUAGUUGUGUUGCAUUAUUUGUACUCGUAUAUGCGCGCACGCGCCUGCUACCGUAGUCAAUUUAGCGCUUUCAAUAAAAUUCUUAUAUAUAAAUAUGGUUCUUACAUCGACUCAAACUAAUGCGGAUACUGAGAUAGACAUUAAAAACUCCGUAUCAAUAGACGAAAAUAAGAGUGUAACGCUGCCGGACGUGUCAAAGCUGAAACCGUUACAUGAGAAAAUAUUCAAACACGCCGAUUCGUAUAUGACGAAGCUUUUAAAGGAUGAACAUAUACAAACCAUUUACCAUAUAUUCGUUGUUGCAUUAUUUUUUCUAAUUACAUAUUCAAUAUGUCACGAUUAUUUCACAUGUGGAAGAAUUUACCUUGGUUGGCUUACAAUUGAGCCUGGGUUUAAAGGACUUCCAUAUGCGAUUGGCUGUUGGUUUAUAAUACAUUUAAUUGCAAUUAUAAAUUAUUUUGGUGUCUCAUUAUGGCAAAAAAUACAUGCCUUAAGCAAAACAGCUGACUACAAAUUCUGCAUAAAUGCCGUGUUCCUAACCUGCUACAUCACAGUAAUCGGCGCAAGCUUUAGCUUAUGCGCUUUAUGCUGUCUACGCUACGAUCUGCGCUUCGGCUCAGCGCUCUUCAUCUUAAUGGAGACCACACGCCUCAUAAUGAAAAUGCACGCCUUCGUACGUUCAACAAUUGGCCAAACAGCCGAUCCAAUGCCCACAGCUGACGCCGUCAAACGUCUGUCGGGGCUGCGUCACUAUAUUUACUUUCUGUUCGCGCCGGUACUAAUCUAUCGCAGCUCAUAUCCGCGCACUACCACGCCGAUACGUUGGACUUUUGUGAUGACACGUUUAAUGGAAAUCCUCUUCGCCAUCUUUUAUUUCACCUACUUUUAUGAGCGUUUCAUUGGUCCCCACUAUCGGCAGUUCGGUGUUACCGCACCGCAGUGGGCUGGUGUUAUAGAAUCUUUCUAUGCCAUGUUAUUGCCCUCCACACUCUGUCUACUCCUGUUCAUCUAUAUGCUGUUGUAUUCUGUACAAAAUCUCUUUGCCGAACUGCUACACUUCGGCGAUCGGCGCUUCUUUACGAAUUGGUGGAGUGUAACGAACUAUCGUGAUUAUUUCAUUAAGUGGAAUUGUUUGGUACAGGAUUGGCUAUAUGAGUACAUCUAUAAGGAUUGCUAUAAUUAUGUGUGCGCCAAUCGUUUUGUCUGCUCCUUCUCGGUGGUGACAAUUUCGGCUAUUGUGCACGAAAUAUUAAUCGGUUUGGCCUUACAAUUGUUCUUGCCCAUAAAUUACUUAUGUUUUGGUGUUUUAAGUUAUAUAAUAAUGUAUUUACCGUUACGUGGUAGAUUUGGCAAUGUGAUUGUAUGGUCUUGCAUCGUAUUUGGCAUGGCGCUGCAGUUGUCACUUUAUAGCAUGGAAGCUUUCGCGAAACUGAACUGUCCAAAGGCGCUUAAUGACAGUUCGGUGGACAGACUGUUGCCUUAUAUAUGGACUUGCAUACAAAUUCACAGAAAAUUAGAUGAGUAGUAUUAAUAUGAUCAUGAUCUUUAAAAGAGGAACAAAGCUAAAAGUGAUUUAAUUAAGAAAAGCCACAGGCAAGGUUAUGAUUUUGAGUUACAAUUUUUUAAUUUAACAUUUUCAGAUUAUUAAUUAAAAAUAUAUUUUGUUAUUCAAGAAAAUAAACAAUUUUUCUCAAGAAAUCUUUGUUAAAAUGUGUCAAAUUCCAAGGAUUACCAGAGAAAUAUUUUUUAUCAACCCUGUCAAAUUUCUCCGUCUUCAAUACUGAUUUCUUAAGAUCUGAAUAUGGAAUUUAGAAUAUAUAACUUACCAACAGAAUUUCGAAGCAUUUAGAAAUACGUCUCUAACUCAAAUCACCAUAAUCCACUUCGAGUUAGAGAGACUUCGAGUUAUAGAAAUUUGCAUUAAAAUAUAAAUUUUUCAAAACUCUGUAAAAAUAUAGAUUUAUAUACAGUCGCAUAAAACUUUGUGUACAUACGUUAAAACAUAUAUUCCUUAAUUUUGUUUGUUGCACUUUGCUUUUGUCUGUCUCUCGACGUAUGUAUCCCAUGCUUUUGUUACAUGAUUUAUAAAAUCCAUUAGAGUAAUAUCAUAUUUUUUAGAUAUUCACGAUAUAGAGCAACACUUUUCAAAUUGUGAAUCGAUAAUAAAAUUAUAAAUGUUGUAUUAUGCCCUGGUCGAAAAAUUCGAUUUAUGGAAUGAGAUUUGUAUGAACUUUCACAUCUAUUGCCAAUUCAAGAGUUCGAGUUAUGAAGAACUUCGAGAUAAGGAAGUUUGAGUUAUGGGAGGAAAUUUGUAUGAAAUUUGAUAUCUAAACG